CGUUAGCAUCCAGUAACAACAGUAAGCAGCAGAGAUAUGACACUUUUCUGCUUUUAUUACUAGUUUUACAGACGUGAUUUCAUGUUUUAAAGCAGUAUGUCAAGUAGAAAGAGAAAGACACAAUUAAUAUCAGAAGAAAUUCAUGGCAAAGUAUUAAAUGAGCACGGAAAUUGCCCAGCUAAACACGAAAAGUCAAGUAAGGUUGUAAAUGAGAUCGAGCAAAGUCAUUACUUUAUCAAAAAUAAUCCAAAACUCAGAUUAGGGGAGGAUUUUUUCAAGCAACCAUGCAUCAGUUUGGCAAAAGCAUUCCUCGGCAAGGUGUUGGUCCGCAGGUGUGCAGAUGGAGUGGAGCUGCGAGGGAAGAUUGUGGAAACUGAAGCAUACCUUGGAGGUGAAGAUAAAGCAUCUCAUUCAGCCGGAGGAAAGCGCACUGAGAGAAAUACAGCCAUGUUUAUGAAGCCUGGGACUAUCUAUGUCUAUCCCAUCUACGGCAUCUACCUCUGCAUGAAUGUAUCCAGCGAGGGAGAGGGUGCCGCUGUACUCCUAAGAUCCCUGGAGCCUGUUCAGGGUCAGUCCGUCAUGAGACAGCUGAGGACGGCAAAGCGCAAAGAUGGAGCAAAACAACUGAAGGACAAAGAGCUGUGCAACGGUCCCUCAAAGCUUUGCCAAGCACUGGACAUACCACGCUGCCUCGACCGCCGGGACCUGGCCUCAGACCCGGACAUUUGGCUUGAGAGCGACCCCAAUGCAGAUCCAGAAGAAGUCAGCAAUAUUGUGUCAGCACCACGAAUUGGUAUUGAGUCACAUGGGGAAUGGGCUAAGAAGCCACUACGAUAUUACAUUUUAGGCCACUCAUGUGUCAGUGUAAGAAAUAAAGAUGCAGAAAGAAAGGUUGAAUCUGAAUUGAUGAAGAAUAAUUUAGAAUUGGAGUGUGAUACAGGACAGUAGAAGGACAAAGAAAUGCUCCCGAAAAUGAUUAACCAUCUGUAAGCUGCAAGUGACAUUGGAAAAAAGAAAAUCUCCAAAAUAGGACAGCUAAAAAGGGUUGUCCUAUUUAAAUUUUUUCUGUACACUUGCCUAUAUUGCAAUGGUGCUCGUGAACUAAACCAGGACUAGAGCAGGACCAAAUCAGGAAUGCACCCUCUGAAACCCAUAGAUUAUUUCAAAUUAUUUGUUACCAAAUGUAGCAGUGCUUUCAAAGAAGUAAAACCUAAAAUGAAACUCCCUUGCCUCCAGUGAGCAAAAUGCAUCUGUGUUUUUAAUGAAAAUCUCAUUAUGUGACUUCUUAGUGAUUUCACAGAUGUCUGGAAAGCUGUACUUCCUUCAAAGCCAAUGCAACUUGUCUGAUGUUGAGUAUCUCUGCUUUUUCUGGGUCCUUGAGUCUCCACCUCUGGGAUUCCUGGACAGAGGUCUGUUUGAGGUCUGGAAUGGUCAUUACUCGAAAUGGUCUAUUUGCUCUUUACAGUGUAAUAACAACAGGGACAGUGACAAGUGUGGUCAAAAUCUGCAGUUGUUUUUGUUUUGUUUUUUAAAGUAGGGUGUUUAGUACUAAAUUAUAACGUACAUAGAUCAUAAUUUAAUAUUUUGUUCACUCAUCUAUAAAGGUAUAAUAAUAGAAACAGGUCCAUCAACUUCCUGUCUGAAACUGCAGAACUGGCCCCACUGUUUCAUAGUGGCAUUUCACUAUAGCAAGCAGUGGCUUUUGAUUUACAUGUUUUUUUUAUUGUUGAAAAUGGCUAGAUGACAUUUUUAAACCCAUGUGUGACCCUGAAUCUGAAUUUCUAUGUUAAUAAUGGCAAGUAAAUGCAGAGCAGUGAGUGGGGAUAGGGGGUAGGUGAAAAGUCUGAGUAUUCAAGUCUUAAAUGCAGGAUAAUACAUGAUUACUCAGACAUUCAUGAAAUCACUCAAAAUACAACUCUGAGUAAGUUAAUGAUGUGAGAAAACUAUUAUAGCACAAUUCAACGUUAAUAUAAAUCGAUUUGAUAUAAUAUACAGCCUUUAAGUAUGAAUUAGACCUGAGACAUGGCUGGUUUAUACAAAAUAAUUUAAUAGUGUAAAUAUUAUUUGGCUCAU